AUGAACAAUUUCAAAAUAACUAAUUUAAAGUUUCCAGGAAACGAUAACGAUGCCGUGAACAAGAAAUAUUUACUGGAUCAAAUAAACGCAAUUCAAAUAGAUAAGGACCAUGUUGAAAAUAGAAUAAAUGACGUGAAAAGAUUCAUCAGACGAAAUAUUAAAAAUCUUGUGGACGAACCCAAACUACAACAAGAGUUAACGAGUUUGAAACGUCUUAUUCAAGUGGAUAAAACAAGUCAGUUAAUAUCUAAAUUAGACGAUAAGAUUACGAAGGUAAAAAUAGACGUCCAACGUUUAAUAGACAAACCAAAUGUAAACGAGGAUAGAUUGAAACGAAAACUAACCGCUUUGGAAAGAAAACUUGGUGAAUUGCUAGCAGAACUAGACAAGAUCGCGGACAAAACCGAGUUACAAAAUUCGAUAUCCAAUUUGAACGAAAAGAUCGCGAAGCAAAAAUCAGAUGUUCAAGAUAUAAUUAACACACUUCCCAUUGACAAAGAUACGUUGAAACAACAAUUGACUGCUUUGGAUACUAAAAUCACGGACGAAUUAGAAAAAGAAGUGGAACAGGUCAAUCUUUUAGUAUCUAGAAUUCAUGACGAUUUUUUGAGACAAGAGAGAAAGUUGAGCAAAUUAGAAGCUAUUGUCACGGACAAAUCGUAUUAUUUCAAUUUACCAUUCGAAAGUGACACUGUCUUCGAUAGAAAAGACCAAAUUUAUAAAUUAAACAAAUACGGAUUCAAAGCAGAAAUAAAAGUGGGUUCUCUCGAAUACGGUGAACCUAAAAACGUAUUCGAUAUCGGCGAAACGCAAGAGUUUUCUUUUCGAGGUAAUUGUCUGAUUCAAAUAGAGUUUCCCAUGAAGGUUAAAGUCAAUAAAGUAGUCUUAAAACAAACCGGUAAGGGCGUCAAUCAUAUUUCAUUAUUCAAUGAUGGUAAUUUGGAAGAGAAUAUACGUUUGAUUGAUAAAAGGGAUCAGGAAAUUGAAACGAAAAAUGGUAAAUAUGUAGACACCUUUAAAAUGGAAGUAGAAAAUGAUAAGGAUAUCAUUGGAAUCAAAGAUUUGGAUAUGAUAUUGGAGACGGAAAAUCCACCAUCAACCAACAUUGACAAAAUUCCACCACGCUUACACGAACACGGAAAAAUAGAAUCGAGCAGUCACGAGUUUUUACGAACAACAGACUUUGAAUACGUAAAACUGUAUUUUGUUUUAGGUGAAAAAUACACCUCUAUCGAUGUUCAUAAAAGUCAACAAGAACGAGAGUUUAUAGUACAUUUAACGUUUGUCGAAGGUUCCGACUCCAUCCUUCAUGCUGGUGGUUAUAUUUUUAGAGCCAAGAUAAACAUCGAAAAAGAAAAAAAGAAAAUAUUCCUAUCAUCUUAA